UUUGUUUUUUCGUCGUGGGAAGCUGUUGGUGGGCUCGUCGGGCCCACCCUCUCAUCGGUCAAGCUGGCGAGCGCUCUAACCGCUGGUAUGAACCCCCACCAUCCGGGCCACUCCGCAGCCUACCCGCAUCAUCCCUCGCUCUCGAGCAGUCCGCAUCAUUCCGGGCCCCAUCACGGCUACAGCACCGGCGGCGGGGGCGGCGGUGGUGGCACCACCACCACCCCCGACCUGCCUAGCCCGCACUCGCCGCCACACGGGCCCGCCAUCGACCCAGCCACCCCCUAUGCGUCCCUGCAGCCCGGCCAGGGCAUGGGUAGCAACGGGCAUCACCACGGCGGCGCUUCAAUGAUGGCCGACCAUCCGCAUCACCCGGGACACCCGCACCCCCACUUACCGGACCAUCCCGCUUAUCCACCGGUCAAUCACAACAACAAUUGUACGCUUAAGCAAGAAGGCGGCCCGAGCGGACCAACGGGGAUCCAACAGUGCGCCGGUUGCGGCGGUCAAAUAGUGGAAAGAUGGCUGUUGCUGGCGAUGGAUCGGUAUUGGCACAACGGUUGCCUCAAGUGCACGUACUGUAGCGCGCCACUGGCGGAAAUCGGCCACUCGUGCUACACCAAGCGCGGCAUGAUCCUCUGCAAAAGCGACUACAGAAGGAUAUUCGGGACCGGUGGUGCUUGCGCAGGCUGCGGCAACGCGAUACCUGCCACCGAGCUAGUAAUGAGGGCGGGUGGAUCGGUAUUUCACCAGAAAUGCUUCACCUGCAGCAAAUGCGGCAAUCAACUCGUUUCCGGCGAUAGGUACUACCUGCUGUCGGGGUCACCGGUCUGCGAGACGGAUUGGCACAAAAUCGUGAAAUCGUCGAGCGUGGCUGCCGCAGCGGCGGCAGCAGCGGCCGGAAACGGUGGCGCACCGGUAAGAAAAGGUAAGCCGACGCCCGCCGUCGUACCGACUCAGGUCGAUGUCGUGGACGUCGCCGUCGGAGGGGAUCCCUAUUCGCCGCCUCCGCCGGGUCAUCAGCAGUACCACCAUCAUCACCACCACCAUCACCAUCAUCAUCAGAUGGGACUCGUACAUCCUGGACUGGCGGUACAGCAAACGCACCUGCAGGGGUCCACCUAUCAGGACUGGUCUCCGUGGGCACAGGACACCUGCGACUGAACUACUACCCCCGUUCAAGCACCCUCGGGGCCAGCCCGUCUCCUGGCUGAACGAAUCCUCGCCCUGGCUUCAGCACCGCCGCCGCCGCCGCCGUCGGUCUUCCUCUGUGUUCCGUCGUUGGGAAAAAUCCAAGUACCACGCGAAGAGAACCACCACCACCAAGAGUGCUCGCGAUCCCUCGUCCGAGAAGCCUUCGCGACGAACCGUGAACUGAACCGGUCGGGGAGCCAUCUUCUCUUGCCGAUUGAACGACACGCGGGGGUGAUGGACUGUGAAGGUGAACGCGCGAACCCUGUGCGAGCGCAAGAGGAGACGAAGGAUGAUCCGGGUGGACGAGGAUCGAGCCUGGAACACGGUGAACGAGGUUCUCGUUCUGCUUGUGACCGAACCAUAUGUCGCUAGGAAGAACUCCGCAAAACAAUGGAGAAAAAUAUGUUUCUUGUUCGUCUUUCGACGUGUCCCGACCGAUCGAACACGUCUUCGAUUCGGUCUUUCGCCGCGUGACAGUUUGUGUGUGUGCGCGCGCACGCGCGGUCAACCACGGUCGCCGAUCUCGAUCUCCGCUCGAGGAGGAUCCAGGCGAAGCUUUUCCAGCCGUGUCCCGUUGGAUCGCUCGGUGAAUCGCGCGCUCGGCCACGUGCGAGAACGCUGCACGCAUCUUCUCAACUGGUCUCCCCCCUAAUCGAUAAUCUUUGCUCAAUCACGGAGAAUCGAGAAUAAUCGAAGCGUCUCGGUGCACGGGCCGCGUUCUAUCGUCGCCGACAGCAGCGUAACGCCAGCCUUCUUCGCUCCCGUCCGAUUCUUCGGUGCUCUCGUCCCAGCUUAAUCGAAUCGGUAAUCCUGUUAAUCGCGCGUCAGGCAACCGGCAAUCACUUUCGCGCUCGUGUUUCGCAGCGUCUCCUCUGGUAGUAAAGCGUUUGUAUCCGCGCUGGAUACUCUCUGCUCGCGUUUGCUUCCUAAUGGUCUCGUUCGGUUCGGAUCUCGUAAGCGUUGAACGCGAUCUCUGCGAGUUUGCUGAAAUUUCCACCUUUUAAUUCGAGAAUACCGCGUGUGUAGCAUCGACUCGAUUGGAUGUUUAUCUCCGUUUGACAACUCAUUUCGCCCCGACGUGCAAGAGAAGAAGCGCCAUUGAGGAAUAGUCCGUUCGUUUAUCGAGAUCUCCAACCGAUCGAACCUUUCGAACACGUGGUUCGUAUUCCUUCCAUUGUAGUUCACGAGGAUCGGAGGAUCCGACGCGGAGACCUCGAGAUCCAAAGCUCGUCACGUAUGUAGGAAGAAAAUUCCAUCGACCGGUGCUCGGAUAAUUCGGCGAUUGAGAACGUCAGGUCCCGGCCCUUAGAAAAUUAUUUUUCUUUCAAAAUCACCGACGCCCCCCAUCUCCGUCCCCGAGACACGGCCUCUCCCUGUAAACUCAUUAAGCGUUCCUUGUUCUCGCGAUCGUUAAUCGAGUCUCUCCUGCCGUCGAAUAAAAGGCCACACCGAGGUGAAACCGUCGAACGGGCGAAAUUAUCAUUCGAAUUUUCCUUGUCAACGCCGCAGCUCCCUCGCGGUCGGGGAACUGGUGCUUUCUCCCUUCGCGAAAUUCCCCGAUCCAGCUUGUGUAAUCAGAACGAAUAAAACGGUUCGCGAGGCGUUACGCGACAUUUAUCGAACAAGAACGCGGAUUUUAUUUAUCCAAUGGCAUGUUCACGUUUGUUAUCGGCGACGUUGCAAAUUUAUCGAUACUACACAGUACAGUUUCCGUUUUCAUACGCCAAUAACGAUCGUGAAGCAAGAGACACUCGAUCGGGAAGAUCGAUGGAUCGUGAACCCUAUGAAAAAUCGAAACUUUUCAUCGAAGAUGCGAAAUAAACGAUGCUUCGUCGAUUAUUUUUCUGUUUAACGAGAAGAUUUCAGGGUGCACGAUUACGAACGAUCGAGUUCUCUCCCGCAAAGGGGAACGGGGGGCUGUGAGACACUGUCGGUCGACGAGAACGCGAGCACCGAUGCCCGAGGACGCUCUUGGCGAAGGAUUGAAGCGUGUAACAAUACUUUUUCUAAGUGGCGGGGUUUCGACAUCCGCAAUAAACAUUUACGUAAAUGUAUAAUCGUGAACACGUUACGAUGUAUCUACUAUCGCCCGUGCCCGUUGUCGGGUUCCCCGUUCGAGCCCCCCUCGCGAGAAGUUGUACAAAGUGUUUCCUUUUCCAUCAAGACGCGCUGCUUCCGCCGCGGAGCACGCGGCGAUAGGCGAGGGGAACCGGAAACGACACGGGCCCGGGCACGUUCGAAGCUCAAUGCGAAACUAAAGACACAUGUUUUGGGUGUAAAUCACGCGGAAACGGCUGGCUCGGUUCGCUUUAUGGCGGUCACAUUUUCUUGUCGAUUUCUCAUCCUCGAAAUACACUCCUGUCGCGCUUCGUUUCGUUCCGAAUCGCUCGCGGGAUACGUCGAACGAACCUCCGGCACCGGGAAAGGCUCGGGAAAAUUCGUGCAUCGCGUAGAUUUAGCCGUUAAAUAAUAGACACGAGAGAAAUCGUUGGCAAACGAUCGGCAAUUUUCACGAUGGUAAAACCCACGGUCCCCCCUCCCCAUUCGAACGUCGUUCAUAUUUUGUUUGCGAAAUAAAAUACACCCAGUCGAUAUUCUUUCCCCGUUUCCUCGACAGUCUCUUCCCUCUUUUAUUUCAUUGGCUUUAUUUUCCAACCGAUCGACAAGAGCCACGCUCGAAAUUCUAUAAAGCGACCGAACGACCGGCUCCGCGCCGUGCAACUGAUCGUUACUCGUUUACCCGUCUCGUUCUUAGCGAAACUUUCGUCUCUCGGAACGCCGCCGCGCGCUUACGCGAGGAUUCGUGGCGAGAAUGAUGGAGCUAAAGAGAGAGAGAAAGUGAGAGAAAGAAGGAAGAAAGGAAAAAAAGCGGACCGGCGACGUUUUUCGACGCCCGAUCGCCGCGACGGUGCUCGACGAGAGGGAUCCAAGGGAGUGCGUUCCGUUCCCUUGCCGAUUUCGCGCCGAUUCCUCUUCGACCUGGCGCGCGUUCGCCACUCCGUCGACCCUUCGAUCGAACGGCGCGCGUGCAAACGCGGCCGAAAAUCGGGACUGCUCAUCUGCAAUCGAAGAUGCUCGAUCGGACGAAGGGAGUCGUUCGCUGACGGAUCGUGUAAUUUAAUCUUGUACAUAGGGUACAUUUUGUAUAUUGUUAAAAGUUUGUGUGAUAUAAAUGGUUAUGUAUUUACUAUUAAAUGCGGCGACGGGGCUCCGCACGUCCUUUAAACGGGCGAUCGCGCGUACGAUGGCUCGACGGCCAUCGCCACUGGAUGCACGCGCCGAUCUCGAUUCGCCUAAGUUCGAUUCGCUGCUUUCGUUGCUUGUUCGAGCGAAGUAAUCGCUUUCGUCGGUCGCGAGCUCGGCCUGUUGAACCGAUUCUCGCGUUAACGAGUAACUUUUCUUCCCUUUCUAUGGUUAGCCGUAAUUCCGGUUUUGUUCCGUCUUUGUAUCGCUUCUGGUUCGCGUCGGGACGCCAUGAUGGCCAAUCGGAAGCGUUCCGAUUGCCCGCGUUCCAACGGUUCCGAGGGUGCCUCGGCUUCUAGAGGGUCUGUCCGCGCGUUUCGGGAACGAGCCGCGAGAUGGCGCUUGGUGUCGCUCGCGGUUAUGGAACGGUCGGAGAAAAAUGGAGAGAAAGAGAGAGAGCGGUUAUUUUCCCUGCGUGUGUGGCUGGCAUCCAGUGGCGCUGGUUUCGUCGCGAAACGUCGUCCUCGGUUGAGCGUACACGCGGUUGGAUCAGCUCACGAUCUUUCGCGUUUAGUUAAUUUUGUUAUUUGAUUUAUCUCGAUCUUCUUAUCCGGGACCCGACAUCUCUGAAUGGUUUCGCGGCCUCUUGUAAAAUACAAAAAAAAAAAAAGAAAUACACACGGACACACA